AUACGGCAGAUGGACAUUGUGACUGCCUUUCUGAAUGGGAUCAUUCUGGAGGAGGUGUACAUGAAGCAGCCAGAGGGGCUGGAUGAUGGGAGCGGCAGGGUCUGCAGGCUGAAGAAGGCCAUCUAUGGCCUUAAGCAGGCGCCUCGUGCAUGGUAUCACAAGUUGGAGGAGGCGCUGUUGGCUGGGGGUUUCAAGAAGAGUGAGUGUGACCCCAGCCUGUUCCUGCUGCAGGAGAAGGAUGAAAUCCUCAUGCUCUUGGUGUACGUGGAUGAUAUCCUUCUCUUUUCUGCAUCAACUGCUUUGCUGGACAGCGCAGAGCAGAUGCUGGAGAUGCAGUUCAAGUGCUCCAAGAUGGGUGAGGUGAAGUACUACUUGGGGAUGCACGUGGAGAGAGAUGUGGAGAAGGGUGUGCUGAGGUUGCACCAGAGGAAGUACUGUGAGGGGCUGGCUGAGAAGUAUGGGCUGCAAGAUGGGGGAAAGCCAGCAACACCACUACCUUCGGGGUUCACUGUGGAGCCAUGUGCUGAUGAGGAGGUAGUGGGUGAGAGUGACAGGAAGCUGUUUCAUUCGAUGGUUGGGUCGCUGAAUUAUGCUGCAAAUCAUACACGGCCUGACAUUGCAUUUGCUACAUCACGGCCUAAGUGGCAUUGGGUGAGGAGACUCCUUGAUAAGGAGGUGCGGCUGGAGAUAGUGAAGACCCAUCAGCAGGCAGCAGAUAUUUUCACCAAGCGUCUGGCGGAGGCGGAUCAUUGGAAGGGCAUGAAGCUUGCUGGGAUGAGUGUGCAUUGAGUAUGCAUGCUUGAGAUGUGGUAUGGUGGAUGAUGGUUGGCAGCCAGAGGGGGAGAUUGUUGUGUGAUGUCAUCAUAUGCUAUCACAUUCUGUCUGCCUCCCAUCCCAUGUUUUCAACUUGCAUGUGUGGUUUGAACGUGUGCAAGAAUUUGUGUGUGUGUGUUCUGGAGUUUGGGAAUGUGUUUUGUGUUAUUUUGUUUGAGCAGGUAUUUGUGAUGAUAGAUCUUGAGAAGAUCUUUCCGACGCAACAAGAAUCGCUUCAAUCGGAGCAAGAACGCGAAAGCUAUGAAGAUUCAAAGUUCAUGAGCUUGCGUUACAAUUGCGGCGGUUACAAAGUGAAGUUGUGGGGUGACUUUAUAUGGAGUUGGGACCUUUGGGGUUGGGGAAAUUGUCACUCUACUGUAACAGCUGCAAAUUGGUUGGGAACAACCAAGCUAGGUUGGCAAGGGUGGCCAACUUGGAUGGAUUGGUUGGGAAGGGACAAAGGUCAAAGUUGGGGUUCCUAUAGGGAGGGAAUCUUUGUGCUUAUGGGGUUUCCUUGGUUGGGGACUCUCUUGGGACCUUCCCUCUCAUCCCUCUCUUCCUAUCCCAACCUUUCUCUUGCUCCUUCUAAUUCCUUGUGAGAUUCUUGAACUUUGAUUGAACCUUUUGAGAUUGAGUUAAGUUCUCCUCCUACAGCUUACCCCCUAGUGCGUCGAAAGCCAUAGCGUCGCGAAUACUUCAUCAAUCAACAUGAUUCAAAUUG